GCAAAUUCUUAGGCGAUGCACUCCUUCUCACAAUGGACAUCAUCAUUGCCUCGUUUGACUCCAUAUCAGAAGUAAACAUGGAUUACACUAUUACUAUGUAUCUACACCAGUAUUGGACUGAUGAACGACUUUCGUGGAGCAGCACCGUACCAAUAGACGAAAUGACAUUAAGCGGGGAGUUCUCACAAAAUAUUUGGGUUCCUGACACAUUUUUGGCCAAUGACAAGCAUUCCUUCCUUCACGAAGUCACUGAACGAAACAAGAUGCUUCGAGUCAGCAGUGAUGGCAAAAUCGCCUAUGGAAUGAGACUUACAUCAACGCUGAGUUGUUCGAUGAAUUUGCGAAACUUUCCGCUGGAUUCGCAGAACUGCACUGUUGAAAUAGAAUCCUACGGUUACACCACUUCUGAGGUCUUAAUGAAAUGGAAUCAUCCGCAAGCAGUGCAUGGUGUCGAGCAGGCAGACGUUCCACAGUUCACCAUUACUGGCUUCCAGACGGAGGAUCGUGUAGUUAGAACCGCGACAGGGUCCUAUCAACGACUGUCACUGGUCUUUCAACUUCAACGCUCUGUUGGCUACUUCAUAUUUCAAACAUAUCUGCCAUGUGUGCUAAUCGUGAUGCUUUCGUGGGUGUCCUUCUGGAUCAACCAUGAAGCCACAAGUGCCCGUGUCGCCUUGGGUAUAACGACUGUGCUCACUAUGACGACAAUAUCCACUGGUGUGCGUCAGUCCCUUCCUCGAAUUAGCUACGUCAAAAGCAUAGAUGUUUAUCUGGUAAUGUGCUUCGUUUUUGUAUUUGCUGCUCUCCUUGAAUAUGCUGCCGUCAAUUACUCGUACUGGGGUAGAAGAGCACAAGGUGGAGGUGAAGAAUGGCCAGGGAAUAGCACAAACAAAGAGGAUCAAGAGAGUGCUGUCAAUAUGAAGAGCUGGGGUGUGCCAAGCAGCUUCAUGGAUGAGCUCCAGCAAUCUUCUGCGGACCCACGAACUAAGGACCUAAACUCCAAAGAGACGUCAACCAUAGCAGCGACACGCAAACGACCUGUAAGCCCUAUACAAUCGUUGUGUCCAUCAGGAGCAGAUGGUGUGGAUGACUCACCAGAAUACCCUCGAUACACAACGAUACAAGGGCUGAAGCCAAGAAAAUCGCUAUCAGCUAGGACCCGAAAGCGGAUUAGGAUGACUAAAAUGCGAGCUGCAAGUAUGUCGCAUUCGUUACAUAAAAUGGGAAAACGUGCACGAAAAGCACUGCCAAGUAUUCGAGUACGGGACGUCAACGUCAUUGACAAAUAUUCUAGAACUGUCUUUCCUGUGUUUUUUGUGACAUUCAAUGUUUUCUACUGGGGAUACUACUCAAUCAUUCAGUCGUGAUCUGAUGACAACUGCCUGUGCUCAACUUUCCAAGGACUUCACCAAGAAUGUC